AUGCAGAAAGUGGAAGAUAAUAAAAUAUUCUUCGAGAACCGCCACCUAUACAAAGAACAGCCAAAUAUACAGAGAACAGAGAACCGCCACCUAUACAGAGAACCGCCACCUAUACAGAGAACAGAGAACCGCCACCUAUACAGAGAACCGCCACCUAUACAGAGAACAGAGAACCGCCACCUAUACAGAGAACCGCCACCUAUACAGAGAACAGAGAACCGCCACCUAUACAGAGAACCGCCACCUAUACAGAGAACAGAGAACCGCCACCUAUACAGAGAACCGCCACCUAUACAGAGAACAGAGAACCGCCACCUAUACAGAGAACCGCCACCUAUACAGAGAACAGAGAACCGCCACCUAUACAGAGAACCGCCACCUAUACAGAGAACAGAGAACCGCCACCUAUACAGAGAACCGCCACCUAUACAGAGAACAGAGAACCGCCACCUAUACAGAGAACCGCCACUUAUACAGAGAACAAAGAACCGCCACCUAUACAGAGACCAGGGAACCGCCACCUAUACAGAGAACAGAGAACCGCCACCUAUACAGAGAACCAGAACAGAGAACCGCCCCCUAUACAGAGAACCGCCACUUAUACAGAGAACAGAGAACCGCCAUCAAUACAGAGAACCACCACAUAUUCAGAGAAUCGCCACCUAUACAGAAAACAGAGGACCGCCACCUAUACAGAGAACAGAGGACCGCAACCUAAACAGAGAACCGCCGCCUAUACAGAAAACCGCCACCUAUACAGAGAACCGCCAAAUAUACAGAAAACAGAGAACCGCCACCUAUAGAGAGAACCGCCACCUAUACAGAGAACAGAGAACCGCCACCUAUACAGAGAACAGAGAACCGCCACCUAUACAGAGAACCGCCACCUAUACAGAGAACAGAGAACCGCCACCUAUACAGAGAACCGCCACCUAUACAGAGAACAGAGAACCGCCACCUAUACAGAGAACCGCCACCUAUACAGAGAACAGAGAACCGCCACCUAUACAGAGAACCGCCACUUAUACAGAGAACAGAGAACCGCCACCUAUACAGAGAACAGAGAACCGCUACAUAUACAGAGAACAGAGAACCGCCACCAAUACAGAGAAACACCACAUAUUCAGAGAAUCGCCACCUAUACAGAGAACAGAGGACCGCAACCAAUACAGAGAACCGCCACCUAUACAGAGAACCAGAACAGAGAACCGCCACUUAUACAGAGAACAGAGGACCGCCAACAAUACAGAAAACCGCCACCUAUACAGAGAACCGCAUAAUAUACAGAGAACCGCCACCUAUACAGAAAACAGAGAACUGCCACCUAUACAGAGAACAGAGAACCGCCACCUAUACAGAGAACAGAAAACCGCCACCAUUACAGAAAACCGCCAACUAUACAGAGAACCGCAAGAACAGAAAACUGCCACCUAUACAGAGAACCGCCACCUAUACAGAAAACCUCCGCCUAUACAGAGAACCGCAACCUAUACAGAGAACAGAGAACCGCCACCUAUACAGAGAACAGAAAACCGCCACCAAUACAGAAAACCGCCAACUAUACAGAGAACCGCAAAAUAUACAGAAAACCGCCACCUAUACAACGAACCGCCACAUAUACAGAAAACAGAGAACCGCCACCUAUACAGAAAACCGCCACCUAUACAGAGAACCGCCACGUAUACAGAGAACCGCCACCUAUACAGAAAACCGCCACCUAUACAGAGAACCGCCACGUAUACAGAGAACCGCCACCUAUACAGAAAACAGAGAACUGCCACCUAUACAGAGAACCGCAAAAUAUACAGAGAACAGAGNCCGCCACCUAUACACAGAACCGCCACCUAUACAGAGAACCGCCACCUAUACAGAAAACCGCCACCUAUACAGAGAACCGCCACCUAUACAGAGAACAGAGAACCGCCGCCUAUACAGAGAACCGCAACCUAUACAGAGAACAGAGAACCGCCACCUAUACAGUGA